ACCACCCGUUUCUCCCCUUCCUUCUGCCAUACACCAAGACAAAAAAAAAACUCGUACCGAGCGCGACUGAUGGCGGUUCCGGCGGGCUUCAUCUUCGGGGCAGCCGCGGCGGCGGUGAUCGCCGUGGGCGCGUACAUGUUCUUCUGGCCGGCGUCGGCGGCCGUGGCCAUGAUGAAAGCACCUGGAUCCGGCGGCCUGCUGAUAUCCCGCCUGGCGUUCGAGGCCAACCCGCAGCGCUACUACUACCUCCUCCGCACCGCCGGCGCCGCGGUGGCCGCCGCCGCUUUCGCUCCGUGAGCGAGGCGAUCGCCUGCUUUCACAAGCUGUUGCAACGGUGAUCUUCAGCGUACUAGUAGCAUCCAGUGGAGUAUACCAGCAGUUAUGUAGAUGU